AUGUCCACCAUACAGCAGCAGCACCACCACCAACAACAACAAUCAGGUUUUAGAGCUUCUCUGUUUCUGUUGGUAUUGGCUGUGCCAGUCAUCAUUGUUAUUAGUCUGAUUCUUUUGUGGAGAUGUAGAACAAAGUUAUUCACAGCAAGAAAUGUGUAUGAAAAUGAAAGCCUUGUGGUUUUCUCAUUUGCGCAAAUAAGGAACUCAACAAAACAAUUCUCUGAAAUACUCGGAGAAGGUGGUUUUGGCUGUGUUUUCAAGGGAACAUUGCCAGGUUCCGUUGUAGUGGCUGUCAAGAAGCUAAAAGGCCUUGGACAGGGAGAGAAGCAGUUUCGAGCAGAGGUCCAGACCAUUGGGAUGAUUAAUCACAAGAAUCUUGUUCGUCUACUUGGAUUCUGUGCUGAUAGCAAUAACAGGUUGUUGGUCUAUGAGUACAUGGAAAAAGGUUCCUUAAGUUCGCAUCUCUUUUCUACAGAUUCUGCAAAGUUGAGCUGGGAAUUGCGGUACCGUAUAGCUCUUGGAACAGCAAGAGGCUUAUCUUAUCUGCAUGAUGAGUGCAAGCAUUGCAUUAUACACUGCGAUAUGAAGCCAGAUAAUGUUCUUCUUGAUGCAGAGUUUUGUCCAAAGAUUGCAGACUUCGGUAUGGCAAAGCUUCUUGGUCGAGAUUUCAGCAGGGCCCUAACAACAAUGCGAGGGACCAUCGGAUAUCUUGCACCGGAGUGGAUCUCAGGUUUACCAAUCACACAUAAGGCUGAUGUCUACAGCUACGGAAUGAUGCUUUUUGAAAUCAUAUCAGGACGAAGGAAUGCGGAGAAAAUUAAGGAAGGGAAGUUUACUUACUUUCCCAUCUUUGUUGCAGUCAAGGUGAAUGAAGGAGAUGUUAUGUGUCUAUUGGAUAGUAGGUUGGAAGGUGAUGCAGAUGUGGAGCAGCUGACCAGAGCUUGUAGAAUUGCAUGCUGGUGCAUCCAAGAUGCUGAAGAUCAUAGGCCAAAGAUGGGGCAAAUUGUUCAAAUACUAGAGGAUGGUUUGGCUGUCGAAGUACCUCCAGUUCCAAGGUUACUGCAGAAUUUUAUGGGCACUUAUGAUUGAUUGCACUCGCUCUACAGAUUUUUUUAUAUAGUAUCUCAAAGACUGAAAGCCUCUUUGUGUUUGUCCAAACCUAUGUCAAGAAUUAAG